AUGUUCACGGUAACUACUGCAACUCAUAUUACCGCUGAUACAAGUCAUCCAUUGAUAUCAUUAACUACAAGAGAUGGGGAUAGAUAUUUAUUUGGGAAAGUUCCCGAGGGAACUCAAAGAGCUUUGGUUGAAAAUAAAUUUAAAUUAACGAAAUUGAAAUCAUUAUUAUUAACAGGUACUAUAUCUUCAUGGGCUGAAAUUGGGGGUUUACCAGGAUUAUUCUUAACUUUAAGUGAUGCUACUAAAAAGGGAAUUGAUGUAUAUGCUACCUCGUCUAUAUUAUUAUCAUAUAUUGUUAGUACAUGGAGAAGUUUUGUAUUCCGAAAAGGUUCAGUAUUAAGAAUAUUUGAAGCUGAUUCAAAUAAAUUAAUUGCAGAUAAUAAUUUAGUCAUAAAACCUAUAAAGAUACGAGCUACAGUUCCAUCCCAGAUCAAUGAAGAAAGUGUCAAAUAUCAAUCUCAAUUCCAAAAACUUGUGUCACUCAUGUUUCCAUUGGAUACAUCUAAAGUUAAUGAUCGUGAUCCAGAAUCUUAUAAAUCUGAUCCUGCUGAAACCGAUGUUCAUGCUCGAGUAAAACUUCCACAUCUUAAUUUAAAAGGUCAAGAAUCUCUUUCUUACUUGGUUAGAUUCUUACCUGUAAGAGGAAAAUUCGAUCCUCAUAAGGCAAAAGCUCUUGGGUUAAAACCAGGUGAAAAUUAUAGAAAAUUAAGUAGUGGUAUCUCGGUAUAUAAUGAUGAUGGAAUUCUAGUAACUCCGGAACAAGUAGUAGAUGCUCCUAAACAAGUGUCGAAGUUAUUGGUAUUGGAUAUACCAAACAAAUCAUUUUUAGAGAAUACUAUUACCAGUGAUCAAUGGUUUGCCAAGAAUGAAGAUAUCGGCGAAGAAGAAAUUGGUAUUGUUUAUCACUUCCUUGGUGGUGAUAUUGACUUAGAUCAAUAUACUUCUUUUUUAAAUAAGUUCAAUCCUGAAACUAAACAUGUUAUUUGUCAUCCUCAAGUAGCUGAUAAUACUCUUGUGUUCAAAAGAUCAGCCAUUAAUACCUUAAAGUUACGUUCCAUACAACCAGAUCAUUAUAACUUGCCUCAUAUCCAAGAAGGGUUUAAUUCAAUUAGUACUGGUGUUAAUAACACUUAUAGACUUCACCUGCUUCAAAAAUUCAUUAUUACCGCUGAUGAUGUUACGGAGGAUUCAACCGAUGUUCCUAACUUUGUGUGGUCUUCAUUAUAUGAUGAACAUAUUUCACCAUUCAAUAUUGCAGCAGAUAAAGAUUCUGUGCUUAAUUCAGAACCUAAUUCAUUAGAAGCUCAAAAUAGUUCAUUGAAAGAUCAAAUUCAAAUCACUACUCUAGGAACAGGAUCUGCCAUACCAUCUUUAGACAGAAAUGUCAUUUCAACUUUAAUAAGAGUUCCAUAUUAUAAAGGAAAUGAAAUCAGACAUAGAUCUAUUGUUUUAGAUGGAGGUGAAAAUACUUUAGGCACUAUGCUUAGAAACUACGGUCAUAAUAAUGCCGCUCAAUUCCAACAAAUAUUUGAAGAAUUGGAUCUUAUUCAUUUAAGUCAUUUACAUGCUGAUCAUCAUUUAGGAUUGAUUUCAGUCAUAAACAAAUGGUUUGAAAUUAAUGGAAAUAAUGAUAAAACUCUUUACUUGAUAACUCCAUGGCAGUAUAAUAACUUCAUUAAGGAAUGGUAUGAUUUUGAAGGUCAACUUAACCUGUAUGUUGAUAUUAAUAGAAUUUCAUAUAUCAGUUGUGAAGAAUUUUUAUCAGAUAGACAAAGAACAUAUGAACAAAUUGGAAUGGAUGAAUUCGAAGAGUUAUAUGAUAACAAGGAUCUUAAUAGACCAGCUCGUAGAGCUACUUUAACUCCCCCAGCCGAAAAUUCUCGAUCCCAACUUUUUAAUGAACUUGGAAUUUCUGAUAUUUCAACCACAAGAGCCAUUCAUUGUGCUUGGGCUUAUUCCAUUAGUAUAACUUUCAAAUUAGAUGAUAAUAGUAAGUUCAAAGUUUCCUAUUCUGGAGAUACAAGAGCCAAUCCUAAAUUUGUUGAAAUUGGAUAUGGUAGUGAUUUAUUAAUUCAUGAAUGUACUCUUGAUAAUGAAUUAAUUGAAGAAGCCAUUGCUAAGAAACAUUCCACUAUGAUUGAAGCUAUCAAUGUGGCUAGAUUUAUGAAUUGUCCUAAAGUGAUAUUAACUCAUUUCAGUACCAGAUAUUCGAAUAAAGCUAAUUUAAUCAUUGAUAGAAGUCAAUUUGUUGAAAUGUCAAAUAAUUUAAAUCAAUAUUUAGAGGAAUAUCAUGCGGUACCAAAUAUCUUUUCAAUGGAAAAGAGUCCAGUACCAAAGCAAUCAUUGGAUACUUUAGAAAUAUGUUAUGCGUUUGAUUUCAUGAGUAUAAGAUAUGGAGAAAUUCAUUUACAAAAAGCAGUUCAACAAUCACUUUAUGAAAUCUUUAAUGAUGAAGGUGAAGUUAAUGAACUGAAGAUUGAAAAACAUAAAACCAAAACGAAAGAAAAGAGAGAAAUUAAAAGAUUAGAGAGGAUGGCAUUCAUUGAUCAAAGUAAGAAGAAACGUCGAGUAAGUACUGAUGAAGAAGUCACUUCAAAUUAA